UUAUAAUUUUGUGAGCAAAGUAUAAUUAAAAAAAUUAAAUGGCUACUUCUUUGUUCCUUACCUCAUUUUUUCCAUAUGUUCUUCUCUCCAUCCUCUUCACAUCUACCAUUGUGAAAGGAGAAGAUUUAGUCACUAAGGUUUGCGUCAAGACGCCUGAUCCUUCCUUAUGUGAGAAACUUUUACGAUUAAAUCCUGAUUCCAAAACCGCUGAUCUUCAAACCCUAGGCGUGAUCGCGUUCAGUUUGACUUCGGACCUCAUCGUAUCAACAUCUGAUAGGGUGAGGUCUCUCCGCGAUAACGCGACGAACCCGAAACUUAAGGAACAAUAUUCAACGUGUUCAUCGGCUUAUUAUGCUACAUUGAUGGAUAGAGAAAAUGGGCGUGAGUUUUUUAUGGCUAAAGGUUAUGGACAAGUAAAUUAUUUUAUGACUAUAGCGUUAGGUAAUUUACGUGGAUGUGACAAGGGUUUCCAAUCCAAAUUCCUAGACCAAGAUGAAAAGCUUAAACAAGCUAGUUUAUCAUUGCAACAAUAUUGUUUUGCUAUUAUUGUUAUAGGAGUUCUUCUCUAGACAUGAACCUUGGCCUAUAAAAAAAAAUUAUAAUUUUU